AUGAGCACCGAUAGAAGUUUACCAGAAAGUGUUAUCUCUCCUUCUCCAGAGCCUAAUAAUCUUAUGGAUGAUAAUCAAAAUGAUAAUGUUCAAUUAAAAAUAGAAGAGCAGGAAAGAAAUGAUAGACAAAGAAAGCACAUUGAAGCUGGUACCUCUGAUGAUGAAGAUGAAAUAGAUGACAGAGCAAAAAGGAUAACAUCAGUUCCAUCAGCAGAUAAUCAAACUAUCGAACGUCCUGCUUAUGAUGAAUAUCAGAGUGGAGGUACAAGUAAUUAUUCAGAUGUCUCAGGGAAUAGUCGUAAGGAAAUUGAAGAAAGAUUGGAUAGAAUAUUGAAGAAACCAAAGGUGAGAAGAAAUAGAAGGGAUGAAGAUGACUUAGAACAAAUGUUAGAUGAAAAAGUAUUGAGAUUAAAAGAUGAAAUGAAUAUAGCGGCACAAAUGGAUAUUGAUACAUUAAAUAAAAGAAUUGAAACUGGUGAUACCUCUUUAAUUUCUAUUCAAAAAGUUAAAUUAUUACCGAAAGUUAUUAGUGUAUUAUCAAAGGCUAAUUUAGCAGAUACUAUUUUGGAUAACAAUCUUCUACAAAGUGUAAGAAUUUGGUUAGAGCCAUUACCUGAUGGAUCAUUACCUUCAUAUGAAAUUCAAAAAAAUUUAUUUCAAACUAUCAGAGAUUUACCAAUUAAAACAGAACACUUAAAAGAAAGUGGAUUAGGUAGAGUUGUAAUUUUUUAUACAAAAUCAAAACGUGUGGAACCAUCAUUGGCCAGAAUUGCAGAUAGAUUAGUGGCCGAAUGGACAAGACCUAUUAUUGGUGCAUCUGACAACUAUAGAGAUAAGAGAAUCAUGCAAUUAGAUUUUGAUGCUGAGAAACUUAGAAAGAAGAAUGCAUUGGAUUCUGCAAGAUCAAGAAGAAAAGUUAAAAAUGGUGCAGUUAGCAAGAAAAACCGUGGCUCUUCUGCACAAUCCUUAUAUGAACAAGCUGCUGCCAGAAGAAAUAGAGCUGCUGCUCCUGCUCAAACUACUACUGAUUAUAAAUUUGCACCUGUUAGUAAUUUGAACGCCAUAACAACAUCUGUGAGAAGUGCAGGUGUCGGGUCCACAUUAAAUAAUAAUGAGAUGUAUAAGAGAUUAAAUUCUAGAUUGGCUAAACAUUCCAAGAAGAAGUAA